CUAUCGCGAACAGGAUCUGUGUCUGAGCACAUCAGCUGAGGAGCUGCUCGGUCCUAGCACCGAAACAACUUUGUUUAUAAUUGCUGGUGGUGUACCUCGGGGUGGUUCUGGAUUAACAUGGCUACCGAAGUGGAAUGGGACGAUGAUGAACUGGACCCCAGAAUUCAGGUUGAAUUAGAAACACUCAAUACAACUUCAGAGGACAUUAAUACAUUUGAGAAAAAGCUUGAGAAUACAAGAGCUGUGUUCAAGCAAACUUUGGCAGAAUGUAAUGAAAAGCUGCAGUUGACUGCUAAAUACUGUGGAAAGACAGUGAAUAGAGCACUGAUCUACUAUCAAGCAAGAAAAUCAUCCCAUCAGGCUCAACAGGAUGUGCAAGCUUCUGUUAACAAAUAUCAAAAAGCAGUCAGUGUGUGUCAAGCCGCAAAGGAAACCAUAGCACUUGCGGAGGAAGCAUCGGUGACAGGAAACAAGACAAGAGAUUUUAAUAGUGCACUUCAAGAGAUGCUAAAUCAUGCAACUGCUAAGUUAAAUGCUGCUGAGAAGGAGAGAGAGGAGAGUGAGACAAUCCAUCUAGAAAAAGCAGCAGUUUACGCCAUGGCUCAGAAAAAAUCCGACCAACUGAAGAAAAAAUAUAGCAAAUCAAUUGCAAAAUCAAGAGUCUAUUAUGAACAGAAGUAUCAAUUUGAAACACAACUUCUAAAGAUUAAACAAGAAGUGAUAGAUGUUCAGAAAUUACUUGUAGAAAAGAAGAAAACAUACAGAAACGCACUUGAUAGCCUUGAACAAAUUUCGGAAGAAAUCCAUUUAAAGCGUACUUUUAGUCUUCCACUUGGGCCUCGGGAAGCUGGUGUGGGUGAAGAUAGCCUUGAAGGCAGUUGUGGUAGCGAAGCAGAUAGUCUUGAAAUUAAGUUUAAUGAUGAUAAUGACUCCAUGAGUGAUUCCGCUUCCUGUGAUUCUGAUUAUUUUUCGUCUGCUCCGACAUCUCCAUGCAGCGAUACUAGCACUACUCUUCUUGAUAGCCUUCCUGAAUUGGACGUAAUGAAGACAUUUCAAAAAAGCCCUUUCAAACGUUCAUCCACUACAAAUAGUCUAGAAGACUACAUCAGUAAUUCUCUACAAAACCUCACAAUCAGUAAGCAUUGUGAGGAUGAGAUUAGAGAGACAUAUACUCACAUUGAAUCAAACAUUGACAGAUGUGAAAAUGGUGGCAAUACAGAAAUGAAAAACUUGAAAUUGGAAAGUGUAAAAUCACAAGCGGACAGAGCAGAGGAAAUUGCAGUACGAUCAAGCGGAGAGGGUGCUGUUGAUGAAGAGUUCAAAGAAUAGAGUCUAGAAUUUAACGUCUCUAUUGCAGAUACAGCAAUAACCAUUCAACCUUAUAGGUUUUCCUAAUGCUUUAAUACUGCUACAGUGAAAAUGAGAAGGCAUUCAUGUGUUUGAGCUCUGAUCGACACCUUGAAGGCUUUACAGAAGGAAAAAUUGGAAGGGAUAAGUUUGGUGUAUCUGUUCCAGCUGCCGAAGUAGGCCUAUUAAUUAUGUCUUAGUUACAUAUUGUUUGUUUAAUCCUUGAUGAAGGAAACUUGAAUGGUAAGGCAACCAUUAAUUUCAUUCCAUAUGAAAUUUCUUAAACAGGCUUUUUGAUUUUGCUAGCAUUGCCUAGGCCAGUUUUGCCUUGUUGUAAGCCAAACAAAAUGUGGCUUUACUAUUGUAAGAACUAUAGUUUCAGCAGCUGUCGACAAAAGAAAAGAGAUUUUGGAGAUGAUAUUACUGCAUUUUGUUGUCUUUGGUUUGCAUCCUUCAGCAGUUAAUUAAUUCCACAAGUUAUAACCAAUUUAUUAUUAUGCUGCCAAUUUUUGGGCCUAAUUUUUCCUCUAUGAAACCACCAUAUUAGUCAUGUACCGUACUUAAAACCUUCAUUUGUUGCCCAUAUCUCAUCAUCACUACCUUUUUAAAUAAGUCUUUAUUUUUUCUCAAUGUUUACUCUUUUCAAAUGGAUUUUCACCUCCCCUUUGUUAAAAUAUUUGUAGUGGCAGUUUGGCACAGUGGUUGAGGUUCAGGCUUUUGAUUGUAAGGUCGGGGUUUUGAGUCUCCGCUGUACAGAUUCUCUUGUGUCCUUGGGCAAGGCACUUCAGCUACAUUGCUUCAGUCCACCCAGCUGUACCAGCAAACUCCUGGGGACUAACCUGCAACAGACAGUGUCCCGUCCAGGGGGAGUAGGCCUACAGCUCUCAUUCGCUUUACACUACAGAAACUCGGGAUUAUAAGCUCUAGCUCUAUGAGCCCUAGUGGCUCGGAAAGGAUUCAGUUAGUUUGUUAAAAUAUGACUGUUGUGGAUUCAUCCAAUAUUCACAUUCAAUAAUUAUAGCUGAUUCUCGAUUAAGGAAUAAAACAAUUGAUAAACGAAUGCUAACAAGUAAUAUACAGGACUAUGCCUGAUAGGUUCAUAACUUCAUAUCCUUCUGUAUUCAAGCACUGUUUCUGCCAUUACCUAUUUGUUUAUAAUAUAAACAUUAUAUAUACUGUAUUUUUAAAAAAUUUAUAAAUAUUUGAUUAUUGUUACUUUCUUUCUGCCACAAGGCAAUGCAAACCAAAAAAAAAUGUAAUGUUGUAAUGGCAAUGUUGAUAUGUUCUGAGUUGAGUGACUUAAUGUCAUGGAUGAUACAUUGUGAAGUUUUCUUUUUAUAUUUUUGUGCUGAGCUGUAUCUAUUAUAGAUACAUUAAGUGUCAGAGAACUUGUGUGGCCAUUGUAUGAAUUGCCAUGUUUAAGGUCAGUCUUUCAGUAUACUAUGCUGUGUACUUGUAAAAUAUAUAACUAUAUAAUACUACUAUUGUGUACUUACAAACUAUAAAGCUUUCAAAUUGUAUAUUGUAAAACAGAUAAUUAUAAAAGACUAUUAUUUGAGCAAAUUGUAGAUUUAUUGUAAUAUUUGUUUUUUAUUUAGAAAGUAAAAUAUCUAAUGACAUAUAUCGUAUACUUUUCACAAAACAAACCUUUAAUAUUUAAAUAAUGCAUUUUUUCUAUAUUCCCAGUGUCAGAUCCAAGGGUGACGAAUGGUGCAAACUAAUUACUUCUACCCCUGUUGCAGCCAAAUAGUAAACGUGAAAUCUUAGAUAACAGAUUAAAAUAGCUAAUACCCUAGAUUUUCCAGGGGAGUAGGCCUAGGCCUCUCACUAUAGAGAAGGGGAACCUUUGCCAAACCAUUGCCUCAAAUCAUGGUCUUUGAUUGACUUUACGACCCUGGGCGAAAGCAUUCUAGAUAUGCCCCAAUUUCACACAUGGUGUGUUACAGAUGCUUAGCUUGGGUUUAAUAACCACAAGGAAGAGGAACAUUAUAAAUGCCUGUACCAGUACCAGAUAUCAAUUAACUUCGCUUCAGGUCUCAUAUUGAGACUUGUAGUAGUGUUAUGCCACACUUGUGGAAGACAGUUACUUGUUGAUGUAGCUUCCAAUUCUUUUUUAAUCAAAAGCUCAAGAUAUAGAAAGAGUUUUGUAUUUUGUCAUAUUGUGAGUUUGAUAUUGAGAUUUAUGUUUUGGGGUUCCUCUUUAUAUUUUUUCAAAUACAGUAUUAUUAUUUGUGAAAAUGUUAGUUUUUGUUACAAGAAAUGUGUUCUUGUCAAUGGAGAUUUAAAAAAAAUGGUUUUAAAUCUAAUGAGUUAUAAAAAUGGGGGGAAAAAGACAAGUGUUGCAACACUUCUUUUGAAUACCUUUAUAUUGUAUAAUCAUGUUUAUUCAAAAUUCCAGAAAAAAAUAAAUCAAAAAACAGCAAUA